AUGCCUAUGGAAAUGGGAUGGAAAUGUGGGCGUGGCGGCGUUGGCGGCGGCGGGGGCGGGGGCGGAAGAAGGGAAGGAGAAGCGGGAAAGGAGCUGCAGCUGACUCGAUGUGCGUCGCUGCGGUUGGAAGCUUCCGCGAUGCGGACAGAAAUGGCGCCCAAUUCAGAAGAAGACGGGGCGCGAUUGUCCAUCUCCGCGCGGGAGCCCUCAUGGGCUGUGAAUGACGAUGCACCGAAGACACUUGAACAUGUUACACGAUUCAUCGCGCACAUUCAAACAGGAAUACAGUAG